GAGCACCGGGCACGGACAGCCGAGCACCGGGCACCGAGCACCGGGCACGUCGUACCCGACGCCGCACCCCGGGAUCGAGCCGGGAGCCCCGGGCACCGCACUCCCGCCCCCGUGUCCCCGACUGCAGCCCGUAGCCGGUCCCUCUGCCUUUGCCGGUCCCGUAGCCGGUGCCUGUCCCGCUGCCGGUCUCGCCGCCGUCCCGCCCGUCUCUCCCCUUCGCCGCCUCCCAUCGCCGCCCGCCCCGCGUGUCCGGAAACACGCGUGGAUGUAGCGGCCGGGCCGGGGGCUCGGCGGUCCAUAAAUACCGGGCGGGCUCUCGCCCGCGCACUCUGCCGGGGCUCCCGGUGCCGGAGCCAUGCGAGCCGCCGCGCUGGGGCUGGCGCUGCGGGCGCUCUGGGCGCUGGCGCUCUCCUCCCUCUCCAACACCCUCGCCGUCAACAACAGCGGGCGCUGGUGGGGCAUCAUCAACGUGGCCUCGUCCACCAACCUGCUGACGGACUCCAAGAACGUGCAGUUGGUGCUGGACCCCAGCCUGCAGCUCCUGAGCCGCAAACAGCGCAAGCUGAUCCGCCAGAACCCCGGCAUCCUGCACAGCGUCAGCUCCGGCCUCCAAACGGCCAUCAAGGAGUGCAAGUGGCAAUUCCGCAACCGCCGCUGGAACUGUCCCACCUCCCAAGGCCCCAACAUCUUCGGCAAAAUCGUUAACCGAGGCUGCCGGGAGACGGCAUUCAUCUUCGCCAUCACCAGCGCCGGCGUGACCCAUUCGGUGGCCCGAUCCUGCUCAGAGGGUUCCAUCGAGUCCUGCACCUGCGAUUACCGGCGCCGCGGUCCUGGGGGGCCCGACUGGCACUGGGGGGGCUGCAGCGACAAUAUCGACUUUGGGCGCCUCUUCGGGAGGGAGUUUGUGGACUCCAGCGAGAAGGGACGCGACCUGCGCUUCCUCAUGAACCUGCACAACAACGAGGCGGGGCGCAUGACGGUCUUCUCAGAGAUGCGCCAGGAGUGCAAGUGCCACGGCAUGUCGGGCUCCUGCACCGUCCGCACGUGCUGGAUGCGGCUUCCCACCUUCCGCGCCGUUGGCGACGUCCUGAAGGAUCGCUUCGACGGCGCCUCCCGCGUCAUCUACGGCAACAAGGGCAGCAACCGGGCGUCGCGGGUCGAGCUGCAUCACCUGGAGCCCGAGAACCCGGCUCACAAACCCCCCUCGCCCCAUGACCUCGUCUACUUCGAGAAGUCGCCCAAUUUCUGCACCUACAGCGGGAAGACGGGGACGGCGGGCACGGCCGGGCGCUUCUGCAACAGCUCCUCGCCGGGUUUGGAUGGGUGCGAGCUGCUGUGCUGCGGGCGCGGGUACCGCACGCGCACCCAACGCGUCACCGAGCGCUGCAACUGCACCUUCCACUGGUGCUGCCACGUCAGCUGCCUGAACUGCACCAACACGCAGGUGCUGCACGAGUGCCUGUGAGCCCCCCGGGGACUCCCCUGCCCAGCCCCAGAGGGGGUCCACCAAGCCCCCCAUGACGGGUGCCCGGCUGGAUUGAAGGCACCCAUGGGUGGCUCUGCCCUGGGGACCCCCCUUAUCCCAUCCCGGGCAGAACGGCCACCCCAGGGCCAGCAGCCGGCCGGGGUGGGCUCGGUGCCACUCAUCUUCCCGGCCACCCCUCAGCCCCUCCCGGCCCUGCGGGGUCCCCUUUUUGCUGUAAAUAAAAUAUUUAUUGUGGGUGGUUCGACGCUGCC